AUGUCCACGAAUGGCACUCACGCGGUGAGCCGUCUUUUUCCGAUAUCGUGGAAUGAAUCUGAGGGGGAGCCGCGGCCAUUUGUAGUGGAAUGUUAUCAGUUUAUUCUCUGCAGAAGCUGGAGGACACGGAGAGCAGCUUGGAGAAGAUCAAGAGGCAACUUACCUCGGGCUCAGGGAGGAACCUGCUACAGGGGCCGCUUCUCAAGCGAUCUGAAACUGUAAGCUUGCAACCCCCUACCUGUCGUCCAAUGCAAUUCUAGAUCUUUCUUUAUCAUCCGGAUUUAUCGAAUUCCGUUUCUUUUUCGUUUUUUAUUUACGUUUGCAAAAGCCCAUUUUGUCCCCGGUAAAUCAAAUUGACUCCUUUAUUUCUUGUCGAAAUCAUUGUUUUGUAUUUUAAUAGGGUUCUUACAGCGUCCAAACGUCUGCCUUUGAGUGAGAGUCAUGAUGUGAGGCGUAUUCUGUCCUUGCUUUGGCCUGAAAUCAAAUUGUCAUCCAUACAUAGUGAUGCUUUUGAGAGGAUGGUGGAUUAGAUAUUUCGAAUAAUAAAAAUAUAUGUGAAAACAUUGCGUUUUAGUUUUUUUGAUUGAUGCUAAAUAUUAUACCUGCUUGGAUCUAGUGAAAUCUGUAAUAUCAGUUUGGUUGUAAAAAUUCCCUCCUCAUUUAAUCCCUACUCCAGUUUUAAUACGUGCUUCCUUGACUAAAGUGAGCUUUGUUGCGCAAUGAACUACAUGAUGUGAGCUACAUCUUUUUUCACAUCUGAAAUAUCAGACAAUGGAAUCUAUGCUUCUUGACACAAUUAUUACAUAGUAUUAAGGGUGAUAAUCCCCUGUAAGAUUGAUAAAAAUAUGUUUGGAUGACUCGAGUAUGAAACAGUUAACCGCAGUAAAAAUAUGUCAAUUUUUUUAUUCAAGUUUUCUCUUUAUGAUGGAAGAUCAAAGAAUGAAUGUGAUAUUUGGCAAUAACCCUUUUUGCAUCAAGUUGGGAUAUUACAGACAGUGUAGAUUAUAUUUGGCCAACACCCAUUCAAUGUCUCUACGCGCGCUCUAGUUCUCUUUCCAAAGUAAAUCAUUUGAAGCCCUAAAACGUCAGCCCAUGGCAUUAAAAUAAUGAUAUUAUUGAAAUGCAGCUAUAUGUGACAGCUGGAAGUAAAUAAAAUGAAUAGAUAGAUUCGAAGGGAAAAUAAAUGCAACAUCAAGACGAAAUAGGAUGAGAAAUUAGGAGGGAACAAAGAAGAAUGCGUGGUAGGAGUACUUUGCCACUUUUACUAUCAUUACGGAUGCUGUUUGCCCGUAUUAGAGAUUACUUUUUCAAAAGUGGACAGUACCACAGGUCAUUAAAUUUCAAAAGAAGCUAUGUGGCGCAUAUGCACUCUCACUGUGAUUACAAAAGCCUCUAGACAGCUAUACAAUGAACGGGAAAAUGUUGAAGGUUAUGCUGAGCAUCUUACACCCAAAAUAAAAGAGUUUUGUCCUCGUUCAUUGCAAAAGAUCCUGGUAACUUUAUUUUAGCCCACGAUGUCACUUUAUUUUAGAUGAUGGUAAUCUUCUUUGUUGAGUGGCUCAACUGUUUGACUAUUCAACUGUGCACACCAUUUCAGAUGACCUAGGAGGUCAUGCGGGAUGAGCCACCGAAAUUAAUUUUCACCAUUGAGUAGCUCUAGAAAUAUUUGCAGUAAUCGUCUUUCAAUGAAAGAAACCUUUUAAUUUGGAGGUGAUUCAACAUGAAAUAUUUUAUUUUUGUUCGUUCAUGACAUUUUUCCCCAUAAUGGUACGGAUCUUCGAAUUCAAUGCGGAAAAGAUGUUUUCAGACGUUAUAAUCCCAAUGAAAAUUUUCUUUAGUUUUCUGUGCCGAUUACGAUUUUAGAUCUUGAUCAUUCUGAAGGUGAGAAUGACGCAUAUCUAGAUAUUCUUUUGAUAUCCAACUGUAACAAGAUAAUUAUUCUUCUUGUGCGCUGGGGAUAAAACAUGGGUUAAUUAGUGCAAGAAAAUUGGCUCUUGAGACAUCAAAACAGAUUAAAGGGCUGACUCUUACCAGCAUGUGCAUCCAGUAUUGAUUAUAGCAUCGUUUUGGGUACUUUAACCGUGAUACGUCCUCUUGCUUUCCCUUACUCAUUUUGGGGCUUCAAAAAUUAAAAAAUUCUGAAUCUGAUUAAGUUUUUCCCUCAUAUAAUCUAACUGGCGUUUGAUGAUUUUUUUUGAGAAGUUCUCUCUUUCUCUUUCCUUUUCUGUUGAGUGUAAAGGCUUCUCUUGAAUGGAUUACAGAAAUCACAAUAGUUUUCCGUUUUUUGGGAUAUUGUUGCUGAGAUGUUUUCUUUCUUCAGCUAAGGAAGUGGAAUGAGCGCUGGGUGAUCCUAGACCCAACGACUGGGAAAAUGGAAUACAAGUAUGGUACUCAGUCAGGGUUUGGGCAAUUAGAAAUUCGCUAGUAGUCUCUUCUCGAUUAGCUACGCCUUAAUUGCACUUCCUAUUUUUGGCAUGUGUUAGGACGAAGAGAAAUGAAGCAGUCAUCAAGGGAACAAUCGUAUUUGACUCUGACAGCACUAUCAUUGUUUCCCCGGUGAAUUUCCAGUAAGAAAAACAUGUAUUCAACGGAAAAUACUCUUUUGCAUCAUAGAGCAGAUUGUCCUUCGUAACUAUGCUUUGAUACCUGCUAAAUAUGGAUAAUCUACUUUUUUCAGGGGACUUCCAAAGUAUGAUGGCUGCUGUUUUUGUAUCCAAAUUUCUCAUCAGUAAUAAUAUGAUAGUAUGCAUAUAAUGAUUUUUCUGAAAGUUUUGGAUGUUAAGUUGUGGUCGAGUUCGGUUGUUCUCAUGUUAUGAUGUUCCAUGACUACGGUUUUAGACAUUGGAACCCCACAGAAGAAAGAGUACUUUCUUUGUGCAGAAACUCCGAGUGCUGCAAGUGCCUGGGUAUCCACUUUACGGUAACCUCAAUAAGCCCCACUCUGGAUCCUAAUAUAUUUUAACCUCAAUAUCCUAUUGUUGCCACAAGUUUUAGAGAAUCAUGUGUAUGAAAUCUGCUUUUUUGAUGUUUGGUUUUUCUUUUAUCUAUAUUAUGAAAUGUUGCUCCCUUUUCCUUCGGAAUAGAUUGUUUCACCCAAAGCGUUUUUGGUGAUGAUAGCAAGAAACCUUCACGACUGGCGCUUCAUUAUCAACCAUAUUAUAUCAGAUACUAUCCUUCCAAAUAGUAGGUAUACAUAACUAGGGAAAUGCGAUUGCCACAGACAAUUUUAUGAAUAUAAAGUGAUGCGGAUUCUUUCACUAGUACCAUGCUUAAACCUUCAAACAGUGAGGGCACCCCCUGAAAGUGGCCUUGACUUUGUUCUUUUCUAUUAAGCAUAAUGCCAAACUCUUGAGCAACUUUUGACAAAGGAUUACAUGACGAUAUCCAAGGACCCAUCAUUAUUUCGUGUAUGUUUUUAUAUAACGGUUGCAAAACCGGUGUAGAAAGAACUGAUUCUGUGAUAAGAACUGGUUCUGCUUAGAAACAUAGACAAAAAGGGAAUUUGAGUAUAGUCCCUUCGGUCGGCUUGCUCUAGUGAUCUUCAUUUAUCUUGCCUAUAGCUCAGAGUUGUUCUGGUUUGAGAAAGGAGAACCACCAAAUCCAAGAGGCUUCUUUUUGCUGGAAGGAUAAGUAUGUUUCCAUCUUGUCUUGAUUCGCAAUGCCAAUCUGGCCAUUCAAUUAAUAAAAUCAAUACCCGCUUGUUAAAUUGCCUGUUAUGUGAUCCUACUCUUUCAGCAAGGAUCACUUUUUCAUGUGUUUCUAUUUUGCUAGUCAACCAUGGUCACUGCCCCCACCAAUCUGAGAUUUGAUUUUAGAGCAGUCACUGACUUCCAUUUGACAUUAUCCACAAUUUUGAUGGAUACAUAAAAUGGGGCCACUUGAAAAAUUAAAUGCACCCAGCUUAAGCGAAAAACGAAGAAACGCAUAAUUAAGUUCACAAGCUGAUAGAUCAAGUUCAUAUCAAUGAAUGGCCAAAGGGGCAAAGAAAGAGCUGAGUUGGUCCUUCUCUUUUGAACUUUUCUUUUGGUCAUCAUCUGUUUAAUGAAAGGGCCUCAGACAACGGGAACAGUAGUUCUGAUGGCAUUCAAAGUACUUAAGUAAAGAAGGUCUUCGUGCUGAAUCUGAUUGCUGUCCUCCAAAUUCAAUGGCAAUGCUUUGAUGAUGCCGUUCAAUACCAAAGCCUGUUCAAUUUCUAUUCUUUGAUUGCUUUGGCCAACUGAAAUUUGGUUCUAAAAGUGACGCUUUUGCCACUAGGCCGGAGAGUUUGUUUUAUCUGACUCUAGCUUUUAUUCAUCAGACUGAUAUGCAUCUGCAUAUUUUCUUCUUCACUUAGAAGUUAUCAUUGAGGCAAACAGAAAAAAAACAAUUACCCAGUUUUAGUAAUGUUGAUUGUUUGUCUAUUGAACAGUGCAGCACAGUUGGUUCUAAAGGCUCAUAAAGAGGCUGUCAAUUCCUUAGGUGGGAGUAGCUCUGCAAAGCUAGGGACUGUUGCCACUGUUGUUGCGGCUGCCAAUGCCACUGCAGCUGAAGCUUCUAAACAAAUUGAAGCAGCGAUGAAGAUCUCCAUGAGAGCUGCUUUGGGCAAGUUGACAGUUAAACCAAAUGAAGGUCAAUUUGAUGACUUGACAAUUAUGAAGGUGAACUUUUUAGAUGUUUUAGAGAUUAAUUUUUGCAUGAGAGCUGCUCUGAUGUUUUGUCUGUUAUAUUGCCCAUCAUGAAAUGCUGAUAUUGGAGUUUAUAUGCUGGUUGACUCAUUCAUGAUGUUGUAGUCUAGGACAACAGUUUAUAUUUUUUUGACCUUACAAAUAUUCACAUGUCCCUGAAAAACUUCAUUUCUCAUGAAAAGCAAGUGCCUUUUUCACCAGUUGAUGGUGAAUGGAAGAGUGAUAUAUUUGUUCGAUGGAUAUAUUUACUUCAUUAUCAGUAACGUGCUAUAGUAUCACAUACUUAGCCAUAGCUUUGAAGGAAAACAUCAACCUUAUCUCUUCUCUUUUUCACCCAAAUGGGCAAAAAAGUCAACUUCGUAUGGGAGGGCAAAAAGUCUAAUGAUAGUACUCCAAAAGAGGGGUUGCCAACGUUGUUUUGUUCAUUGUUGGGCAAUAAAGUUGUGCGAUUUUUGCAUGUAAUUCAUCGUAGCAGACUAUCAAGUGAAUCUGUAAAUCUCAGAAACACUCUUGCUUAUCAUCGUAGUUGAUCCACAUGUGACAGAGUGUAGCAUGGAAACCGUUUAAAACUACAUUGAGCAUUCCCAGGAAAUCUGGAUUUGGGUCUCCAAUCUGCAGAUAACCGUCUCAUUAGUUUUCUCUUGAUGAAUCACUAUGGAUUUCUCUAUUUCCUCGUUCAUCUUCUGAAUUUGAGACCAGACCCUUGAACCCUUGAUCUUCUCAACACACUAUAAGUGAGAAAUCCCUUAUCUUUGGUUUAGCCAGAAGAAAUGUGGGAAUAUAGUGCCAAGGUGUCUUUACCAAUGGUGUUCCCAUAACUUAUGCGAUUGAUCUUUCUCGUCUGAAUAUGAGUGGAACUUAGCUACUUUUUACAGCAGUAUAUCCAAGUAUCAGUUUAUUUGCCAAGUUUUUAUUGUGAACUCAUGUUAGCCAUGUCUUGGUAGCAAUUAUUCAGCCUGUUUCCUCUUGAUAGGGGGCAAACUUCCUUUACCUUUUUUUUUCUCACUGAAAUCGUUGAAGGAGAGGAUUCUCCAAAAGAAUUUCGAAUAAGUUUUAUGUAUAAAAGUAUUGUUAUUGUGGUCAUCGUAAGUUAUCCGAAGGAAUCUGUAAAACGGGAUGACAUAGUAGAAAUGGCUUUAAAAAGGCCUGCUAUUUAUUACCUUUGCUGAUUUGUUGAAGUGGGUAAUGUAUAAUUCUCAAGCAGGGAUUCUUCUUAUUGUUAUGUUAGUACUCAAAUUCUUAUCCAUAUAUGGACACUUCUACUUAUAAAAAUGAGAAGAAUUUAUUCAAAAAAUAUGAAAUGAAUGAGAUCUUUUUCCCCCUCAUUUGUGCUCAAUAGGAGACGCUUCGCGUGAAGGAUGAGGAACUGCAGCAGUUGGCUCGGGAACUUCGUGCUAGAGAUUCUACUAUAAAAGAACUAGCGGAUAAGCUAACAGAUACAGCUGAAGCUGCAGAAGCAGCAGCUUCUGCAGCUCAUGCCAUGGACGAAGAGAGGAGACUAGUAUGCACGGAAAUUGAGCGCCUAACUGUUGACGCAGAGAAACAGUCGGAGGCAUUCAUUCUUAAGGUGGUGGCCUUCUCUGAUGCAAAUCUACAUUUUGUCGAGUUUCUCUCUACUGCCUGCUUAAUUUACAGUUUUUUCAAUUUCAAAUAAAUCCGAGGCCUGCCCAGUAAAAUUCUUCACAUCACCACAGAAGCCAAUGAUGAAGUGAGAAGAAUUCCUAGGAAAAGAAACACACAGCUGGCCAAAGUUUUUGGGAUGUCGAAGGAUUUUAUCAAUAUUUUUCCUAUUUACAGGCUCUCCAUCUGAGCCCCAGUCCACAUGUGAAAUAAUUCUUAGAAUCUUCAAGUUUUUGUGUCACCUCUGAUCUCAUCUUGUUCUUCCAUAUCCCACCGUCGGCCAGCAGUUACAUCUCAUGGUCACCGCAAGAAAUACAAUGAUGAUAAGAAGGGAAACAUUCAUUAUUUAAACCGAAGCUUCUUGCUGAAUUUGGUAAACUCCUUGGCUUUUUCUGAUCCAGUUGAGGGAGGUUGAAGGGAAGGUGUCCCAUCUGGACAAGGAGAGGGAGGCCCUGUUGAAGCAGAGAGACUCUGCCCUUCAGGAAGCUCAGCUGUGGCGUUCUGAGCUCGGCAAGGCCAGGGAGCACGCUGUCAUCCUUGAAGCCGCAGUGCUCAGGGCUGAGGAGAGGGCUAGGGUUGCAGAGGCAGAUGCAGAAGCCAAGCUGAGGGCCGCCGCAGGGAAGGAGCUGGCAGCUGCAAAGGAGAAGGAAGAACUCCUUGCUUACUUGGCCAUGCUGGAAUCACAAAUCCAGAGGUCUGGGCGAACUUGUUGCGACUAUUGUUCUAAUUCUUGCCGCGCCAAUUUCCUACUUUUCUGAUUUUUUUUCUCCAUCUGAUUUGAUUCCGAGGGGUGAAUUCUGGCAGGCAAGAGACCAGCACGAAGCAAGUGGUGGCGGAGCCGCCGGAGCCCUGCUCAGGCUCUGCCCGGGCAGCGGCGGCUCCAAUGACAAAGCACAUGGAUCUGUCGGAGGGCGACGUUGACAAGGCCUGCCUGAGCAACGAUUCAAGGUCAACCCAUGAUCCCCCCGUUGACCGGGUCGACGCCUACUCGAUGGGGGAGGAUGUGGAGUGGGGGGACCUCCAGUCGGCGAGCGCGAGGAUGGAUGAUGUCAAGGAGAUCUCCGCAGAAGGAGAGGGCAGCAGCCUCGACAUUCCGGUGGUGAUCGCUGCUCCGCUGGGCGAUCCACCGAUUGGGGGGCCCUCAUUCCAGCCUUGA